AUGUACGACGUAAACGAACCGAUCGAAAAGCGGUUCGACGACUUAUGUAAUGCCCUAUGCAUAGAGGCGACCGUUCGUGAAGAAGCGUGGGAUAAGUACAAGGAGGUAUGGACGAACUACUCCAUCGAGGGGGACCAACUCCAAUGGCUGGUUUGCUCUCUCUACGAAUGCUGUCGCCGGCCCACUGCAGACAGCGCCUCUGGUCAGGUGAUGGUGGACAGUGCUUAUAUUUCUCUCACUCGCCUUCUGGCCACAGCAAAAAUGAGUCUGGUGCAAUUUUUCCACCGCAUUCGGAAGUGGUCUGACAUGACCGAGAUGUCUGACGAUAUGCAUGAUCGCAUUGAACGCCUGGAGCGUCAAUUCGCUGUCUCCUCGGUGGCUUUUCGCUACUACUCUUGUGCAUUUCCUCUAUACUUUUGCGGGUUGGACAGCAGCAACCUUGAUGCGAAAGUUGAGGAUGACGAGUCUGGUGCUAAUCCCUCCGAUGUGACUUCUAUGGACAUCUUUCGCUUCACUUGGAUCCUCUUCGUUAAAACGCGGGCUAACUUCCCAGCAAUAGCGGACGAUCUAGUGAAUUCUUUUUACAUCCUUGCCUGCUGUGUGGAUUGGAUUCUCGGUAUGCUGCUGUUAGGAGAUGAAAGACGUCUCUUAAAUCGAAACUACCGCUGCGGGGGUGGAAGGACGGGAGGUCCACUUAGUGCUGCUGCUCCACUGACAACAGAUGCGUCCCAUAUGCCCUGCAUGUUGCGUUACAUCUGUGAGGACAACGGGAUAAACUUUGUGGAAUGCAAAGCAAUCAAGGAGCACUUCUUUCGGCCCUACGUCUCUAGGCUUAUCGAAAAGGUAAGUGAUAGUCUUUCGCUUCUGGCAAACAAGGAUAUGGCAAAAUUCCAUCCUCCGGGACCCAUAGACUUCUUACGUCAAGAGAACUUUGCUAAUGCUAUGCAGCGUCUCAAUGAUCAUUAUGAGGAGUACAUCCUCGGCACUGGUGAUUUUGAUGAACGCAUUUUCCUCAAUUCUAAAGCUGCUGAGGAAAUUGGCUCCGCCCGGCCUAGUGCUUUUGGCGAUUCUAAGCACAUGAUUCAAGAACCCAAAGAACCAACAGGGAUCGAAGGUAUUGGCAGUGGCCUCUACAUGGGCUCCACGCGUCCUGACAGCGCUCUUUACGGUCCCGUGAUGGGAAGUCUGAGUGGUUUUGUGGGGCUAAACAGCGCAGAGACACGCAGUGAAAACCUCCAUCAUAUUCAAGCCCUCCUCUCUGGUCGUAGCCGAAAUCCCAGCGAGACACUUGCUGAGUUCGUACGCUCCACGGUUACUACCGAGACACCAUUGACUAACAUCCGCACACGUCUUCAGAGUCUCUCUCGCGACUUCACUGCCGCCUACGUCGCUAGUGGCAACUCGGCCACAACUGAUGCAGCCGGACAUCGUUGUCAAUUGGCGGAGCAGCUCUACUACUACGGAUUGGAGUCAAUUCUCGCUGAUGAGAAGUCUCGACGCAGUGGAGGUGGAAUCGUUCGGUCUGAGGAGUUUCAUCGCGCUCUCUAUGCUUGUUGUCUGGAAAUUGUUCUUGUGAACUGUGAGGAAGAUGGUGGGCGACGAUUUCCUUGGAUUUUGGAGCCUCUCGCCUUGGAUGCCAUUUCGUUUUACAAGGUGGUGGAAGUUUUUGUAAAGAAUGUAGAGUUGCCGAGGGAGUUGGUAAAGUACUUGAACUGUGUGGUGGAAGGAAUUUUGAGUGAGUACGCUUGGCGAGGUUGCUCCUCGAUUUGGGCUACCAUUCAGUGUACUUCUUCGGCUGGUUCUCGUACCUCGACCGUGCCUUCGGUGGAGGAGAUAUUUCCUCCGGAAAAACUGGAUGAGAGCAUCGUAAGCCGGUUCUCUCGUCGGGAGCUACUAGUUACUACGCCGGCAUCAAGCCAACCUGGUGGGAUCACUUCUAUCACUCCAGCCAAGAAGAUCCGAUUGGCUGCCUCUUCUGUCACUUCUACUGCAUCAACAACACUCCAGCAGCAGCAUCAGGAUGAGUCAGCCCGCGCUGCUGCUAGCCUUCUUGCAGCAUCAGAAGCAGAAGUAUCAGCGUCUGGGACGGAGGAAGGCCUUGAUGCUGCGGCUGAAGCCGAGGUGGAGCCUCGAGGAACGUCGCUCUGGUCAGCGACAACAACAACAACGGCCCCGCCGCCACCCCUACGACAUGAUCCAAUGGCCAUUUUUUUCCGUCAUGUCUAUCAUCUGGCAGCAUCAAGACUACGAGCUAUUUGUGAGAGGAUUCAGUCAUCGUCGGGUCCGGCGGCGCCAUCUGGAACAGCAGCAGCAGUCUCCACAGGAGGAACUGCAACUGCUCCUUUGCUAGCUCGAGCAUGGACGACGUUCGAAUAUGUGUUAGUGAAUGAAACAGAGCUGUUGAAGGACCGACUGUUGGAUCAGAUUCUCCUGUGUUGCCUGUAUGGCGUUGCCAAGGCGACUGUUAGUGGUGGUGGUGGUGGUGGAGUGACAAGUACUUCAAGGCCCCUGACUCUGGUGGAGAUCGUGCAGGCUUACCGCAUGCAGCCGCAAGCCAGCCGUGAUGCCUACCGACGCGUACUGAUUAGCCGCUCCAUUGCCGCCGACACCGAGCCGGUCGAGGAACGCGGCAGUCUAACUCGCUUCUAUAACCUUGUCUUCCUCACUCGCGUGGAGACCUUUUUACAACGUUUUAUACCGGCCUCUGUGAACUCUGCCGCUGCUGCUGGUGCUGCCGGUGCAACCUCCGAUCCUGCGGCAAAAACGCAGCCCGUACUCACUCCGCUGCCAGCGGCGCAUCCGACUUCGGCUACUACCACUGCUACAAGUACCACCGCACCUGCUGCUGUCCAUUCCCACUCCACUCUCCACGCGCUGCAUGGUGAUUACUCUCCACUCCCAAACGAGAGUUUCCUACCUGCCAGGCGUCUGGCAUCAACCCGCAAUGUCUUCAUAGGUUCGGCUCAGCACCACUUACAACAAUCACAUCACUUUCACACCCCGGGCCAGGUUGGUAUCACUCACCAUCCUCCACCGGGUGGUACCGCGGUGUCCUCCCAAUCUGGUCUUGGUGUUGGGGGCCAAACUCUCUCUCCCAAACGCGUUUCCUUUACCAUAGGUAAGGGAACUAGCAAAGACCUCCUUGAACUCAACGCUGUGAUCGGAGCGGCAGAGAGACGAGCCUCUGUGGCUAGCGGGCUUAAACGCGCAUCAGGAGUCACCAUAGCAACGGCAGGAGGCACUACCUUCACCACCGUCGUGAAUGCUACAGCGACAAGUGGAGCGAGCACGGGAUCCAGUGGUGGUGGUGCUGAGGGGAGCAAAACUGUAACACUGGUAGGGAACACGGGAUAUGAGGCGAAGCGGAUUGACUUUAAUGUUUGA